AUGCUGCACUCCACACUCUUCCUCCCACUCUUCGCCCUCAUCGCCCAAUGCGCAAACCUAAACUACUCAGGCUCUGCCCUCACAGGCCGCCACUGGGACUGCUGCAAGCCGUCAUGCGCAUGGAAAGGCAAAGCCGACUUCACCACGCCAGUCCUCUCGUGCGCCGCCGACGGCCACACGCCCAUCAGCGACACCGCAGGCACGGGCUGCAACGGCGGUGACGCUUUCCUGUGCACCGCGCAGCAGCCCUGGGCUGUGAACGACACCGUCAGCUACGGGUUUGCAGGCGCUUUCAUCCUCCCCAGUGUGACGGGCGGCGGCACCGAGGACGUGUGGUGUUGCAGUUGCUACGAGCUGAUGUUUACGAGCGCGCCGUUGCUCGGGAAGAGGAUGAUUGUCCAGGCGAGUAAUACGGCGUAUGAUGUUAAGGAUCAGAGUCGGUUUGCGCUGGCGAUCCCCGGCGGCAACACAACCUCAUACGACGCCUGCGCUCUGCAAUUCGGCGUCAACCAGGCAGUCUUCGGUACCGACAAAACAGGCGUCAGCACGAAAGAAGACUGUCAAAAUCUACCCGAGCCGCUGAAGAGCGGAUGUGAGUGGCGAUUCGACUGGUUCAAAGAUGCUAUGGAUCCCAGCGUGACUUUCAAACGCGUGCUUUGUCCCACGGAAAUCACGCAGAUAACGGGCUGUGUGCGGAACGACGAGAAGGUUUUAGCGGGCGAUGUGCUGUCUGCGGCGGUGUUUGUGCAUAUACCGUCUAUCGUGGUCGGGCUUGCUGCUGUGGUUUGGGGUAUGUUGUUGGUUUGA